AUUUCAUCCCUAGCUGGUUGCUUUCGUACUCUGCCUCUACACAAGAACCCUUAUAAAAGCUUUCUUGCCUUGAAGCUCUGUACAAACGUAAACCACCAACCAAAUCAAGCUACCUCGUCUCUCCAUUCUCUUUUCCUCUCAUCUUCUCCCCAUAUUGAAAGCCAGCCAUGUCUAGAUUUAUACCUUUAAGCUUUAUACUCUCUGCUCUUUUAGGAUUCAAUAUUUUGCUCUCUGCAGCAGAGCUUCAACGAUUUCUACAUUCAGCCAAAGCCGAUGGAUCUCUUAGCCUUCUGGUUAUUGGAGACUGGGGAAGAAGAGGAGCUUUUAACCAAUCUGAAGUUGCUCGUCAGAUGGGAAUAAUUGGAGAGAAAUUGGACAUUGAUUUUAUAAUCUCAACAGGAGAUAAUUUUUAUGACAAUGGAUUGACUGGUAUGGAUGAUCCAGCGUUUCAUGAGUCUUUCACCAAAAUCUACACUGCUCCCAGCUUGCAAAAGCAAUGGUAUUCUGUUUUGGGUAACCAUGACUACAGAGGUGAUGUUGAGGCACAACUGAGUCCAGUCCUUAGAGAAAAGGAUAGCAAAUGGCUUUGCUUGAGAUCCUUUAUUAUUGACACUGAAGUAGCUGAAUUUUUCAUGGUAGACACUACUCCUUUUGUUGAGAAAUACUUGCAUGAAAAAGAACAUAACUAUGAUUGGAGAGGCUUACUACCAACAAGAGAGGCUUACCUUUCAAAUCUCCUAGAGGAUUUGGAGAAGGCCUUAAAGGAAUCCACAGCAAAAUGGAAGAUCGUGGUAGGUCAUCACCCAAUCAAAAGUGCUGGACACCAUGGGGACACCCAAGAGCUCAACACAAGACUCCUUCCAAUCCUUCUGGAAAAUGAUGUCGACUUCUACGUAAACGGACAUGAUCAUUGCUUGGAACACAUAAGUAGCAGCGAAAGUUCACUGCAAUUUUUAACAAGUGGAGGUGGAUCAAAGGCAUGGAGAGGAGAUAUAGAUUGGCGGAAUCCAAAGGAAAUAAAGUUAUACCAUGAUGGACAAGGUUUCAUGUCGCUCCGAGUGAGUCAAGCUGAAGUGGAUGUUGUGUUCUACGAUGUUCAUGGCUCUGUUUUGCAUAAAUGGAAUAUGGCUAAACACCUUUCCUUUGCCAUUUAGACAUUCAAGGCUCAACCUUAAACUAUUUUAUUGGAUGUCGUUUUAGGUUUUAAUCAGGAGGGCAUUGUUGUAAUAUUCUGCAGUUUUUAAUUUAUGAAGAAGAGAAAAAGCAAAAAAAAAUUCUAUCUAAUCUUGCAACUUCUUCUCUCAAUACAUAUUUUAUAUUUGAGCUAGAAAUAAUAUUCAGAUAAAACUCUUGCAAGUCUCAAGAGUAAAAAUA